AAGGUUACGCGUUCACAGGGACACACAUACACAGACGCGACAGCAUGGCGAACGCGCAAAGAACUCAGAGUUCUCUCAAGCUGUCACAGACAUCGAAGUCAACAUGUCACCCUCUUUUUCGGCUUUUGUUUUUUGCUUUCUUUCAGGUGGCACAGGCAAACAAGCAAGCUUUUAUUCAGUCAGACUCCAUCCUGGAGGUGUUACACUUUGGGGAAGGAGGCCUCUUGCAGACAGAGUCUGACAUCGAUAUUAGUUCAUAUCAUCAGAAAAGCCCCCCACUGCAUCGGGGCAACUGCAGGCCCAUACGCUUUGAGCCACCCAUGCUGGACUUUCACGAACAGCCAGUUGGAAUGCCAAAAAUGGAAAAAGUUUACCUGCACAAUCCUAGUUCAGAAGAAAUUAGUUUGAUAUCGAUAUCAGCGACAACAGCACAUUUUCAUGCUUCUUUUUUUCAAAACAGGAUCAUCCCUCCGGGGGGAAACACAUCUUUUGAUGUUGUCUUUCUAGCAAGAGUAGUAGGCAACGUAGAAAAUACUUUAUUUAUUAACACAUCGCACCAUGGAGUGUUUACCUACCAGGUGUUUGGUGUGGGUGUCCCUAACCCAUACAGACUGAGGCCCUUUAUAGGGGCUCGCGUCCCUGUCAACAGCAGCUUCUCACCGCUCAUAAACAUCCACAACCCUCACAGCGAACCCUUGCAGGUAGUGGAGAUGUACUCGAGUGGAGGCGACCUGCACCUGGAACUGCCCACCGGGCAGCAAGGAGGGACCAGAAAACUAUGGGAGAUCCCUCCCUUUGAGACGAAAGGGGUGAUGAGGGCCAGCUUCUCCUCGCGAGACGCUGACAACCACACGGCCUUCAUCCGCAUCAAGACCAACGCCUCAGAUGAGGACGAGUUCAUCAUCCUCCCCAUGGAGGUGGAGGUCACCGCAGCACCUGGGAUAUACUCCUCCAUAGAGAUGUUGGACUUUGGUACACUACGAUCUCAAGAUCGACCAAAACAGCUAAAUCUGCACCUGCUGAAUUCCGGAACGAAAGACGUCCCAAUCACAAGUAUACGGCCAACACCAUCAAAUGACGCAGUGUCAAUAGAGUUCAAGCAAAUCACACUUAAAGCUGGAGAAAAUAAAUAUACCAAAGUUGCGAGCAUUAGUUUUGAUGCAUCAAAGGUGAAAAGGCCAUCGCAGAUAUCUGGUAAAAUUACAGUGAAGGCGAAAGAAAAAAGCUACUCCAAACUUGAAAUUCCAUAUCAAGCGGAAGUUUUAGAAGGGUAUUUGGGAUUUGACCACACGGUGACAUUGUUCCACAUCAGGGAUAGUCCUCCUGAUCCUCAGGAGAGGCCCAUCGUGCUCACCAACACCUUCAGCUUCCCCAUCCUCAUCCACGACGUCUCGCUGCCAGAGGAGACCAGGACCAUGUUCAGAGUGCUGAACUUUAGCGAGCCGGUGCUGGUGCCGCCGCGCGAGGCCCGUACCAUCUUCUCUCUGCGCUUCCGUCCCGCGCGGCCCUCCAUCCACAUCGACAGCAACAUCCUGCUCAUCACCAACGCCUCCCGCUUCCACCUGCCCGUACGCGCCUACACCGGCUUCCUGGAGCCGCUGGUGCUGCCCCCUAGUCUGGAGGAGCAUGUGCUGGACUUCAGUGUGCUCAGCGCCACCGACUCCAGCAGCAUCGUGUUCGUGGUGGUCAACAGUAACCCUAUAGAGCUGGUGAUUCGUCCGUGGCUGGUGACGGGGGACAGCCUGUCCAUGGAGCUGCUGAAGACAGAGAGGGGCAACAGGACGACAGCGCUGGGCAGAGCCAAAGACCUCCACAGCUGCACUGCCUCCACACACAAAACGGUCAUCCUGGCCUCUGGUUACUACGCAGCCUUCAGGGUAACGCUGGUUGCUAAGGACCUAGAGGGUGUGUACGACGGGGCCGUGCACAUCACAACAGACUAUGAGAUCCUCACCAUUCCAGUCAGAGCCGUCAUAGCGGUGGGCAGUUUGGCCAGUUCCCCAAAACACAUCGUCCUUCCCCCUUCCUUCCCGGGCAAGGUGGUGCACCAGUGCUUGAGCAUCAGCAGUUCCUUCUCUCAGAGAGUGAGAGUGCAGCACAUCGGCUCCCUGACAGACGACCCGCGCUUCUACCACAAGCGCCUCAAGAACAGCAGAGACGAGCUGGAACCCAAACGCAGGUCCAAGGUGGCAAACAUAUAUUUUGAUGCCAGCUUGCAGUGCAGUAACCACUGUUAUGUGGGCCUGCCUUUCCUGAGGAAAUAUGACCCGAAGCCCCAUGGGCCCUGGAUGCAGGAGGACCAGUGGGACGGAGACGCAGACCUGCACCAGAUGCUACUCAGGACCUGGGAGCAGAUCAGGGACGGCUCCCGCGACGAGGUGGAGGGUGUGUUCGAGGUGGACACUGACCUCCAGAAGAACGUGCAGGCCCGGGUGAGCGCGCGCAUGGUGUGGCCGUCGCUGGUGCAGUCCUCACGCCACAUCCUCUUCCCCCUCACCAGCACCAACAGCUCCUCGGAGGUAGAAGUAUUACUUGAAAACCAGGCGGACGGGCCUGUCUACGUCCAGAUCCUGCCCCUGGCUCUCUAUCCAAACCCCUUGGCAUUCGCCGAGAAGCUCUUGGAAAGGUUCCCUGUCAAAAACCUGCCCAGUAUUGAUACCAACACUUUGGAGUUCCAGAUACACAGGAAUCAGACGUCUCUGACGAGAACCAGCAGUGGCUUCACAGAGGGGCAGAGCCGUCCGUUCGUCCACAACCUGCACCUCCUCCCGGGGGAGUCGAAGGCCUUCACCGUGAGGUUCAGCCCCAUCAGCAACAACACGCUCUCCUCUCUGCUCAUCAUCAGGAACAAUCUGACGGUGUUGGACCUGCUGCUGGUGCAGGGGCAGGGCACCUACGAGAGCCUGAAGAUGGCGGGCAAACCUCCCGGGCCAGGCAGCUCACUCCGCUUCAAACUCACUGAGGCGCUGCUGCGAGACUGCUCAGAGAAAGUGAAGCUGAAGGAGCCCAACUUCAGCCUGAGACGAUCCUUUAAGGUGGAGAACACGGGCCGCCUCCCGCUGCACGUCCAGACCAUGGAGAUCAACGGAUACGCCUGCGAGGGAUACGGCUUCAAAGUAGUCAACUGUCAGGAGUUCGUGCUGAAUCCAAACAUGUCCAAAGAUAUUGUUAUAAUGUUCACUCCAGACUUCACAGCGUCGCGUGUGAUCCGCGAGCUGCGGCUGUUUUCUGGCGGCGGCUCGUCGUUUGCAUUCGUGCUGAACGCCUCGUUGCCGUACCACCUCCUGGGCACCUGCUCCGAGGCCCUGCCACGCCCCUCCUGGGAGCUGGAGCUCUACGUCAUCAUCUCCAUCAUCAUGAGCUCCAUGUUUCUGUUGGUGCUGGUGACUGCAUACCUGGAGGCGCUGGGGAUCUGGGAGCAGUUCAAGAGGCGGCUGUCCUUCGAGGGAGCCAACUCCAGCAUGGAAACGGGCCGACCGUUUGACCUCAGGGAAAUAGUCCGAAUUCAUAAUGACUCGAACUCCAAUGAUCAUGCCGACAGCAACCAUGUGUCUCGCGGCGGCGGUGGUGUCUACAACAGCAACACAUCAUCCAAGGGGGGCGGUAGACAAAGCGCAGGCUCAUCUCACCACCACCACAGCAACAGCAAUGGCCACCUCGACCGCUCCUCAAAGGGCGGUCACGGCAAAGCAUCUAUGCAAACCGCCCCAGCCAACACACACAGGGGCCAGGACAGCCCCACGGCUCCGGGGCCCAGCACCAGCCGCAAGGGGGGCCGCGGGGGCUCCAAAGGGGGUCACAGCCAGUCUCAACAGCAGCAGCAGCAGACCAAUCAGAACCAGCACCAGGGCCAGACGGGUCAGGACAGCAGCAGUACCAGCACCAGCCAGCGGCGCUGCUCAGACGAUUCGGACUACAGUAGUCUGGUGGAGGCAAUGGACAGAGAUCUGGACCGACCCGAAUCUCCGGCCACAACAUCAGAUGUGUUUCUAGAGCAAGCCCCAUUGGUACAGGCCACACAGAGCAAAGCCUCACAUUCUAAAGGGAAAACCCAGCAGCAACAACAACAAAAUCAACAGCAACAACAGCCGCAGCAGCAGCAGUUGAAUAAGAAAACGAAGGCCCAGAAGAAGCGUGAGGAGAAGGAGAAGAGGAGUAAGGGGAGCAGCAGCAGGCCUCAUGCGGUGGAGGAGGAGAUGAAGCUGCUGGAUAACGACGACAGCUCCUCAACCACCACCGAGGCCUCCAACCCUGACACAGAGGCAAGCAGCAAAGAGGAGCCAGUGAAUAAUAAAAAGGGUCGGGCCAUGGCAGCAGAGAAGGAGAAGGACGACGCAGCAGAGCCCCAGUCCAAACCACACAACAAGAAGGCCAAACACACAGAAGCCACAACAGACUCAAAGACUAGUUCAUCAUUAGAGCUUCCAUACGUGACCCCUCUGGAAACCAAACAGAGGAAGAAAUUCCCAACCAAGAAUCUGAUGCAGCAGGCCCUCACCAACAAUACCCCCAAACCCAGACCAGCACCCAAAUCAGCAGCAGCCACAGAGGAGAAGUUGUCGGAGUUCCGCUCGUCUCCGCUGGGUAAGAUGUUGUCGUGCAGCCCCAUGACGGACCUGGCCACCAGCAGCGGCUCCGAGGGCGACAAGGACUCCUCGCCCCCGCCAGAGUGGGACUGCGUACCCCUACACAAAUGCCCCCAAACCAUCGACAGCCUUCAGCAGAUCUCGCUGCAGACCUUGAAUGCGGACCCCUUCCUCAAGCGCUCCAGCCACGGCAGCUCCUCCUCCUCCUCCUCCUCCUCCUCGGCUGGGGCCGCAGGGGCCUCCUCCUCCUCCUCCCUGUCUCGCACCUCCUGCUGCUCCCCGCCGCUCCCCUCCUCCCCCAGCCUCAACCCCCGUGGCACAUACAGCAGCGUGGUCAACACUGGCGGCGAGUGUCCCCCUAAAGUCGCCACUGGAACGAAGAAUAAGCUCACCAAGUCCGUGUCCCUGCCUGGUCAAAAUGGCAACCCCACCUUCGCCGCCGUGGCUGCUGGCUACGACAAAAGCCCAGGAGGCAGUGGUACAACCAAAGCUGCCGUUAGUAGAACAGAAACUCUGGGCAAGGUGUCUCACACGACAUCGGUGGACAGUGAUGGAUCUGACAGCACUGGCUUAUGGAGCCCCAUCAGUAACGUCAGCAGUCCGGGCUUCAACUCUGCCAACUCCUUCUCCGCGUUUGGGCCCAGCAACACCUUCAACCUGUCAGGAGUGUUCAGUGGGAUGACGUCCCCCAAGAGCAGCGAGUGCCAGCCGGUGCAGCAGAGUUGGUCUGAGUACGGAGGCUGCUGCCCGUCCUCCUCGCCCUCCUACUGGGCCGCCGCCCCCGGCACCCCCACCGACCCGCUCCACUCCUGGCCCUCAAGCUCCGGAUCCGGACCCACCACGCCAACCACGUCCAUCCUUGGCAGCAGCAGUCUGUGGUCGACCGGCGUCCCGUUCAGCCCCUCCAUCUGGUCCACCAGCGGGGACACCUUCCCACCCCCGUCCUCAUCGCCCUCCUCCCCCAUCUCCGACCUCAUGGGUGGGGGUGCCCCCGACGGCAGUGGCAGCCACAGCCACAGCCACAGCCACAGCCACAGCAGCGGUGGUGUUGGUGGUGGCAUCCCCCCGGCCAACCUGGCUGUGGGGAGCGGCCCCGUCCCGGGCCCCGUCUCUGGCGUUGGAGUCGGAAUUGCCCCCGGAGUUGGAGUUGGCGUUGCACCCCCCAUGGUGGAGCUGAGUCGCGCCUACAACCCCUGGAGCAUGUGGAGACCCACCCUGACGCGCCGCAGCUCAGAGCCCUGGCCCAACCCCCCCGACACGGGCAACUAAGAGCAGCCAGCGCACAGGACGGGAAACACCACACCACACCACACCACACCACACCAC